AGUAAGAAAGUCCGGCGAUACGAAUUGGCGACAUUUUGAUCAUCCACAAGUAUUCUACCUAAUCGAUUAAUUUACGCAUGAUCAUUGGAGUUUGAUUGGGUGGAUGUGAGGUGUUAGACGAUUGCUUUAUGGCAUAUCUGUAGUAAUUUCUUAAAAAUUAGAAUUUGUUAUUAUACUUUUAACGCAGUGAUUUACGAGGAAUUGGAUUUAAUUAUUCUCUAGAUUUUUGUAUUUAUUUUGUAGGCUAUCAAAAUGUAAAUUACCUUUGCUUUUUUUUUUUUUUAAAUUUAAUUGGUCAAUAUGACAGAAUCGUACCCAGAAGCUUCAGCCACUGAUUUAAGCAGUGAUGCUUCUUUAGAAGUUGAAGAUGAAGUCCGAAUACUUCUUCCUUCAUCGAAAUCUAAAGAUCGUCAAGCUGCUUCAAGAAUACCUCAUGGGAUUGUUAUAUCUGGGGAGGCUUCAGAGUCCGAUGAAGAAAUUGAUACUCAUCAGGCUUUGCCUCAAUCAGGAAGUGACUAUUCCAUAAGUGAUGCUUGGUGCAGAAGUCCUUCUGAACUAGGAGAGAAAGAUUCAUCUAGAGAUUCUUCAGUGCAGUACAAUACAUUGCUGCACAAGAAGCUUAGAGAAAAAAAUCUAAUGCUGAGAAAAAAUGUGGUUGAACUUGUUACUCAACCCUAUGAAUCCGCUUCAAAAGAAAUUCACACUAUAUCACAACAGCUGAUAAAAUCUCAGUUGCUUGUUCAGCUUAUUUUGGACUUGUAUAUUAGUUAGAAGAAGAAAGCCAAUUGGACGUCACUGAUCUGCAAACAAAUUUAAAGAAUUAAGAAAUACCAUUCGUCGUCUUACUCAUGACUUGUUUGAUAUGGAAGAUAAAAUGGAAGCUUUGAGAACUGGCUCGUUUUUACCUGAAAUGUGUGAACCACCAGCUUCUGAUUAAUUAAAAUGCUUCUUUGUUUUACA